UGCGGUCAAAAAGCAGCAGGUGUGAAUGUGUCCCACCUGCGCGAGGACACAUUCACCGCUGAGACAUUUCAUCUCCGCAGAGGACGCUUUGAGACAAAUCAGCUGACUGAGAGUCCCCGCCCCCUGCACACACACACACACACACACGCGCGCGCGCGCGCGCCCCUCCCCCUCCCGCCAGCAGCUCUCGCGCCGUUAAUCCUCCUCUCUCUCUGCAGUCAUCAUGGCGGAAAUCAAAACGGGAAUCUUCGCGAAAAACGUGCAGAAAAGGUUGAACCGCGCGCAGGAAAAGGUGCUGCAGAAACUUGGAAAAGCAGAUGAGACCAAAGAUGAGCAGUUUGAACAAGUUGUCAUCAACUUCAGGAGACAGGAGUCUGAAGGCUCGCGGCUGCAGAGGGAGAUGAAGGCGUACAUGGCGGCAAUCAAAGGGAUGCAGCAGGCCUCCAUCAACCUGACGCAGUCUCUGCACGAAGUCUACGAGCCCGACUGGCACGGGAAGGAUGACAUCGUGGUCAUCGGGAAGGACUGUGAUGCCAUGUGGGAGGACUUCCACAACAAGCUGGUGGACUCGACGCUGCUGAACCUGGACUCGUACCUGCAGCAGUUUCCAGACCUCAAAACUCGCGUGGCAAAAAGGAGUCGGAAACUCAUCGAUUACGACAGCGCUCGUCAUCAUGUGGAAACUCUGCAGAUGUCGGGGAUGAAGAACGACCGCAAGAUAAUGAAGGCAGAGGAAGAGUUGAAAAAGGCUCAGAGAGUCUUCGAUGAGCUGAACGUCGGUCUGCAGGAGGAACUGCCCACUCUGUGGGACAGCCGAGUCGGCUUCUACAUCAGCACCUUUAAGAGCGUGACACACCUGGAGGCCAAAUUCCACCGUGAGAUUUCUCUGGUUUGCCGGCAGCUGUAUGAAGUUAUGACCCAACUGGCUGAGCAGCACUCUGACAAGAUGUUCACCAUCCAGGGCGCCCCGAGUGAUUCAGGACCACUGAGACUCGCCAGGACCCCGUCACCACCUGAUGACGAGAGUCCACCUGAAAGCCCAGACUACAGCUCCAAUCACAUGCUCCGCCCAGUCUCACCUGGACCGCCACGGCCCAAAUCCCCAUCACAGGUAGAUCCAGACGAUCCCAGAUUCAUGUCACAGGUAGAUUUAAUCCUGACUGAUAAUAAUUGCUUAAUUAAUUAAUUUA